AUGUGUCCAUGUGAUUUUGAGGAUGUUACUGCUUUUCAUCUCUUCUUGGACGAAUUUAAUGGCGUUUCUGCUGAUUCCUUGCGCUUCGGUUCUCUGAUUUAUGGCAGAGACGCUUUAGUUUGGGUCAACCAUGUCAAUAUCGAAAUUUUAAAGUCCAAAUUGGAAAUGACGGAGUCACCGAGAGACAAGAAUGGGGAAUUGGUUAAAUCCAACAAGGUAGCCCAAAUGAAUAGCCCAGGGAGCUCUGAUGCCAACAGUAGAAUGGGCAAUGUUUCUGUCAACAGCCAAUUACUUGAAAUCUUAUCUCAGCCACUUUAUACGGUCAAUUCUGACACUAGUUCGCCAGGCUUUGAUGGUGACAUAGAUAAGUUUCGUGCCAUGUUGGGAAAGCCCACGGCCAUGACCGUUUUGGGAAUGGAGCGGGCCAAAUUGUUGACGGAGAGGAAGCCGUUUUACGAGGUCUGUGAAGUGGCCUCUCACAACCAGACACUCUCCAAACUCUGCUUGAAUCCCAAAGCAAUUGGCCUGAGUGUUCAAGAUUUACCUUCGAAUGCCAAAACUCAUAAGGUGAUCCAGUCAUGCAAGUCCCUCAUAGGCAAAGAUGUGCUUACUUGCGUUAAAAAUAAGAUUCACUACUUGCCAUUAGUUACUAGCUCCACUGAUAUGUAUUUGGGUAAUUGCUCUUACUUGGAUACCUGCCACAAGUUGAAGAGUUGCCGAUACUUGCACUUCUAUACACUUAAUCCUCCUCCUAAGAACGAAGGGAAGGGUGAAGGCAAAAACGACAGCAAGAAAGUCGAGCGGAAAGCAUCUGAAACAGAUCUCAAUAGUUUUUUGGCUAUCGAAUACACCAUUGGAGAGUGUUUUGAUGCCAUCCUGAAACCAAUUCUGCCUCCACAAUGGAUCAACUGUGAUGUUCGAACGCUUCCAUUUAAUAUUCUUGGAAAAUUCUCGGCUAUCAUCUCAGACCCCGCAUGGGAUAUCCAUAUGUCACUUCCAUAUGGAACCUGCAAGGAUAGUGAGCUAUUGUCGUUGCCAAUGGGAGAGUUGCAAGAUGAGGGUAUCUUGCUACUUUGGGUAACAGGAAGGUCAAUUGAAAUUGGCCGCAAGGCAUUGGCGCAGUGGGGGUACACUGUAUCUGAUGAAGUAAUUUGGAUCAAGUUGAACCAGUUGAGACGUACCAUUGUCACGGGAAGAACGGGCCACUGGCUCAACCACUCAAAAGAGCACUUACUUUUGGGAAUUAAAGGGGAUCCCGUGUGGCUCAAUCGGAAGAUUGACUUGGAUAUCAUUGUAAGUGGUACUAGAGAAACACUGAGGAAACCUGAUGAGCUCUACGGGAUGGUUGAACGCAUGGUAGGUCGACACUCUCGGAAAUUAGAGAUCUUUGGCCGAGAUCACAACAUCCGCCCAGGAUGGUUCAGUAAGUACAGUGGAAACUUCAAAUCAUAA